UGCAUAGGUAGAGAGCAUUUUGAACAACAGUCUAAUUCGACCAGCAAACUACCUAGCUACCCAGCCAUCAAAGUUUAAAUCCCCAGGCAGCAGCAUACAUGCAUAGCCACCCAGCCAUGAAAGCUACCACCUCAGUCGGACAGUUAUUAAUCCUGGUGUUGCUGGCUUACUGUACACAUGGCGUCGCCUGCAGCUCCUUACUUUGGAACGAGACAGAUCGGCUAUCGCUGCUUGGAUUCAAGGAUGCAAUCACUCUAGAUCCACAGCAAGCUUUCAUGUCCUGGAACGAUACCACCCACUUCUGUAAUUGGGAAGGAGUCACGUGCAGGGCGAAGAACACUCUGCCACGCCGUGUCACUUCUCUGAACCUUACAAGUCGAGGUUUGGUAGGACACAUAUCUCCUUCACUUGGGAACCUAACAUUCCUGCACUCUCUUGUCCUGACGGAGAACACACUCACCGGAGAGAUUCCACAAUCCCUCGGUCACUUGCGUCGCCUCCAAACCUUGAACUUGAGUAAUAACACGCUGCAAGGAAGGAUACCGAGUUUGGCAAACUGCUCAAAGCUCGAGGUGCUAGAUGUUUCAUUUAACAAUCUAGUUGGCCAAUUUCCUUCUGAUCUCCCUCCUCACCACCUUCAGGUGCUGCAGAUUGCAGUUAAUAACCUUACCGGUACAAUUCCAGCUUCUCUUGCCAAUAUCACAACACUAACCGUGAUUAGUUGUACGCUCAAUCACUUCAAGGGAAAUAUCCCAAGCAAGUUUGCUGAUCUGUCGGGCUUGCAGUACCUGCAAGCGAGUGGCAAUCGAUUGACAGGCAGGUUUCCACAAGCAGUCUUGAAUAUUUCUACUAUCAUCGGCCUUAACCUUGCUUACAAUGGUCUAAGUGGAGAGGUACCACCAAAUCUAUGUACCUCUCUGCCCAAUCUCCAGUUUCUUCUAUUAGAUGGAAACUUCUUUCUAGGGCACAUUCCUAGUUCAUUCACUAAUGCUUCUAAUCUAAACACAAUAGAUUUGUCGGGUAAUAACUUCACUGGAUUGGUGCCCACCACAAUUGGCAAACUUACCAAGCUCUCAUUGUUGAAUCUUGAAGAUAAUCAACUCCGAGCACAUAGCAGGGCCGAAUGGGAGUUUUUGGACAGCUUAAGCAAUUGCACAGAGCUAAAGAUAUUCACAAUGAGUAUUAAUCGUCUAUCAGGGCAUGUACCAAGUUCAUUAGGUAACCUUUCCAAUCAACUCCAGGAGCUAUACUUGGCAGAAAAUCAGCUAUCAGGAGAUUUUCCUUCCGGCAUAGCAAACCUUCGUAACCUAUUUACCAUAACACUGGGAGAAAACCAAUUUACAGGUGUGGUUCCGGACUGGAUUGGAACUCUCACGAAAUUGCAGGAAAUAAGCUUAUUCAAAAACUUCUUUACGGGGUCCAUUCCAUCAUCCUUAUCAAACUUGUCUCGAUUGGGAAUGCUUGAUCUAUACUCAAACCACUUCACUGGCCACAUGCCAUCAAGCUUUGGAAACCUUCCUAUGCUUCAAGGGUUGGACAUUUCCCACAACAAUCUUCAUGGUAGGAUUCCAAAGGAGAUCUUUAGAAUCCCUUCAUUGUUGUUAAUUGAUUUGUCUUUCAACAACCUCGAAGGACAACUUCCAACUACCAUUGGUAAUGCCAAACAACUUGAAUCUUUGGUAUUGUCAGCAAAUAAGCUAUAUGGGGAUAUCCCAAACACUCUGAGUGAUUGUGAAAGUUUAGAAGCAAUUGAGUUAGACUCGAAUGUUUUCAGCGGAAGCAUUCCCACUCUAUUAGGUAGGAUAACCAGCCUCAAUGUUUUGAAUUUGUCUACCAAUAACUUAAGUGGCUCAAUACCAAUAUCUCUUGGCAACUUACAAUUUCUUGAGAAGCUAGAUUUGUCAUUGAACCAUCUUUAUGGUGAGGUUCCAAGAAAAGGGAUCUUCAAGAAUGCUAGUGCUGUGCGGAUAGAUGGAAACAAGGGGCUUUGUGGUGGGGCAUUGGAGUUACACUUGCUAGCAUGUGAUGUUUUUCCUUCAAAUUCAACUAGGCUCAAGGAACCUUUAGUGCUCAAAGUAGUUAUCCCAACAGCCAGUAUAAUAUUACUUGCUAUGGUCUUAUUUGGCAUAAUGCAAUGGAGAGUAAAACACAAGAGCAAAUCUAUAUCUCCACCAUCAUUUGCUACAAAAUUUCCCCAAGUAUCUUUCAAUGAUCUAGCUAGAGCAACACAGGGAUUUUCAACGUCCAACUUGAUUGGUGGAGGGGGAUACGGUUCUGUAUACAAAGGAAAACUAGUUGGGAACCAACAUGAGGUUGCCAUAAAAGUCUUCAACCUAGAGACAAGAGGAGCACAUAAGAGCUUCAUUGCAGAAUGCAAUGCACUGAGAAAUGUGCGGCAUCGUAAUUUGGUCUGUAUCGUAACUGCAUGCUCAAGCAUUGAUUCUAAUGGUAAUGAUUUCAAAGCCCUAGUGUAUGAUUUGAUGCCACGAGGAGACUUAGAUAAACUGCUAUACCCAACUCGAGACCAUGAAAGCACUUCAGAUUUGGACUGUAUUACAAUGGCACAAAGGAUGAGCAUUGUAGUGGAUGUAGCUGAUGCAAUGGAGUACCUACACCAUAACAACCAAGGAACAAUGGUUCAUUGUGAUUUGAAGCCUAGCAACAUACUUUUGGAUGACAAUAUGACAGCUCAUGUUGGAGACUUUGGCCUGGCAAGAUUCAAAGAUGAUUCCACAACGUUAUCUCUUGGUAACCCAAACUAUUCUUCAGUUGCACUAAGGGGAACGAUCGGAUAUGCUGCUCCAGAAUAUGCAGUGGGUGGUCAAGUUUCAACUGCCGCAGAUGUUUACAGUUUUGGUGUCAUUCUGCUCGAAGUAUUCAUUCGAAGAAGGCCAACUGAUGCCAUGUUUAAGGAUGGAUUGAGCAUUGUAAAGUUCACAGAGAUCAAUUUCCCUGAUAGGGUAUUGGAGAUUGUUGAUCCGCAACUGCUACAGGAGUUGGAGCUUUGCAAAGAAACUCCAUUGGACUUGAAGGAAAGUGGUUUAGGUUAUCUGAUAUCUAUGCUUAACGUUGGCCUUUGCUGCACCAAGCCAUCUCCAGGUGAACGUAUCAACAUGCAGCAGGUCGCUACCAAGCUACAUGGAAUCAGGGAUGCAUAUCUCAGGGAAAAUUGAAGAAGCAGUAAUGUUCGCUUCAGUAAUACUAUCUACCUAUUAAAGUUGUUGCAUAGUUAGAGUUUACCACAUAACCUGUAUGUAAGGUCAACCAGAUCUGAAACCUCGGCGUGUUACUGUAUCAUCCCAGGAUCAAGCUACAUAAACCAGAAUAA